ACUGUAGUUCGCCAUGUCUGGCCGCGGCAAGGGCGGGAAGGGCCUGGGCAAGGGCGGCGCCAAGCGCCACCGCAAGGUGCUGCGCGACAACAUCCAGGGCAUCACCAAGCCCGCCAUCCGGCGGCUGGCCCGGCGCGGCGGCGUCAAGCGCAUCUCCGGCCUCAUCUACGAGGAGACCCGCGGGGUGCUCAAGGUGUUCCUGGAGAACGUGAUCCGGGACGCCGUCACCUACACGGAGCACGCCAAGCGCAAGACGGUCACGGCCAUGGACGUGGUCUACGCGCUCAAGCGCCAGGGCCGCACCCUCUACGGCUUCGGGGGCUGAGCGUUCCCAUCUCCCCACCGGAACACCGCGAUUCUCAACCAAAGGCCCUUUUCAGGGCCACCCAUCUCGUCUUCCAAAAGAG